AUGAAACUCGUUGCAUACAUCAUUUUGUUGUUUUUUGUUACCAUUGCUCACGCACAAACAAGUGAAAAAUAUACGAGCCGGUACGACGACUUGAAUAUUGAAGACGUUUUGACCAAUCGACGUUUCCUAGUGUCGUACAUCAGAUGUUUACUUGAUAUAGGCAAAUGUUCGCCCGAAGGUAGAGAACUAAAAUCUCACAUAAGAGAGGCGUUAGCGAAUAAGUGCGCUAGGUGCACUGAACCACAGCGUCGCAGUACUCUUCUUGUGAUCGCCCACCUUAUCAACAGGGAGCCCAAUUACUGGAAGCAAUUGACAGAAAAGUUUGACCGCGACCACAAGUAUACAAAGAAUUAUGAAGCCACAUUAAAAAAAAUUCAAAUAUAA